GAUCUCAAAUUCCCUGAGGCUUGGAAUCUGUGCGAUAGUGAUACAUAACCCAUUUUUUUCAAUUUUGAAUGACAUUGUGCAUGCAUCAAUAAGUAAUAUUGGCAAUAAGAUAUGCUAUAUGUUAUAGAUGUGUCAUAUAAAUACAGACGAAUACAGCCAUUGAGUUUAUUUUAAAAUUCGACUUGGUGGAAAGAACUGUCAUCCCUCUGAGAGAUUUCCCAGGAGGCAGACAAUUAUGAAAAGGUGUUGGAAGAAUUAGACCCAAAUUGGGAGACUUGAUCGUCAUUUUAUUACAGAGAUGAUAGAGCUUACCAUGGUAUAUGAAAAACUACAAAUUUUCAAUUUAUUUAUGUUCUUGUGUAGUUGGUAUUAAGAAUACUUUCUUUGAAUAUGAGGAGUAUAUACUUACAAUUGAAAACGUAACGUGUCUUGUUUAUUUGUUUGAAAGAAGUAAAGAAGAUUCCCAGCUUUAUAGGGAACUAUUGUGGAAAAAUCAUUUUAAUUAUAAGUGUUGCUUUAAAAAAUUUUCAGGAAAAAUUGCUUUUAAAACAUAAGUAACAAUAAAAUCUCAUCAUAAUGCACAGUUGGUUCUUCCAAUAUUAAUUGAGGCCAUUUAUGAAAAACUUUCUUAUCAAUUAAAUCAAUAAAUGACAAAGGGUUUGAGGAUGAACUGACUUUCACAGAUCAGGGGAAUACUUAAUACAGAUUGCCAGCAGAAGAUCAGUCCAAUUACAAAGUUAGUUAUUUCGAAGAUGAGGAAAUUUUAUGUUUUUUAUAAGAUAUAAAAAGGAAAUAAAAAAUUUUGAAGAAAAAAAUGUUGUCAUGGUGACAGAUUCCAGAUCUCAGUCAUCCAUCAGUUAUCAACCAUAGCAGGAAAAUUGGAAUAGGAUAUGCUAAACCAGAUUUUUUUUUAUCCUAUACAGAAUUCUAGUCUCUGAACUAAAUAAAAGAUUCCAUAAAUUAAUUAAUAAUAUAGAACAAUCACCGGAACCACAAUACAAUUUUACGAUUUAUGGUAUUAAAAAAUUUAUUUCAAUAUAUACAGUAAGAUGUUUAAAGUUAGAAUCCAGUAAGAUAACUUGUGGAAAUAUGAGAAUACUUUUUGAAUAUAUUUUAAUCUUGUGUGUAUAAUAAAAACAAGUACUCUGACAUAUUUGUGUUGAAAUAUUAAUAACAUAAACAAGAAAUCCAAACACGCUCAAAGCCACACUGACAAAAAUAGAUUCCAUUUUUCCUGUAGUCAUAAAUAAUUCUAGGGUCCAUUAAAGUAAUUCCGCUUGAAAGUUUUAAAUUUACUAUUCGCUUUCAUACAUUUUAGUGGAGGCUUAUUUAUAAGAAGAUACAAGAUAAGGCCUACGCUAUCUACGUGACCUAUGACAAUUCAAAAUAUUUAGCAUUUUUUUUUAAUUUAAACAAAUAAAAAUUAUUUGGCAUUACUGGGUAUUUAUGAUGUAUUUUCACGCCUUCACUUCAAAGAAUGCACUGUUCAAGCAGAAAUGUCUACUCAGUUUAUGAUACUCUGGGCCAGACGGUGGCCACAAGAUACAAGUCUGAGGGAGAUGUAAUUUAAUCCAGAUAUUUCAGAUGGCAUCCCCAUGCUUUGAUAGAAAUGUACAUUAAUUCAUCAAAUGACUGCUUUUUAGUGAAAUCAGAAUCAAAUAUUAUAACUUGGAAAAAUUGAACGAAAAUAAUUCAUAAUUAUAAAGAAAAACCUUGAAUGUUACACUAUUUGUGUACUGCAAAAAAUAUCACUAAUUUAAAUGCCACAGUGUUAUUAACAAAAAAGCCACAAUAUGCCGAAAGCAAUUAAUGUUGAUGUAUUAUGGCUCAACGACAACACGAUAUAUAGGAUAAGUGGAUUAGCACCAUGCAUAUAAAGUUUGGUGUAAAUAGCCUAGGGGAUAAGCAGACCAGACAAUUUGACGUCACCUCAGCAUAAUGAGAAAUUAACUAUAAACACUAAGAUUGUGGAAUGGUUUUAUAUCAUAAGAUUUGAAAAAGAUUUAAGGAAAGCUAUUACUGACUACCUGCAGACUAAAAUGACUAUUCGUAUGCAACUAGAUCUGUAGAAUCAUUUGAAUAUUCAGUAUAAGGUUGAUGAGAAUUGCUUGUGUCAUUUAAUCAUUUUAUUAAAGAUAAUAUUGAGUAAAAGAAACAGGCCUAUUGCCACCAUCAGUGAGAGAUCACAGUCUCUCAGUUAAUAAUUAGUCCAUAAGUUUUAACUUAAUGAAGUUGCAAUUAGUGCUAUUUAGAAAAGGUGGAUUUCAUUAAUUCUGAUAAUAUAUUUUUUGGUAAAAAUUGUCGUUCUUGCAUUGAAAUCAUGAAUAACGUUCAAUUUUUUGCAGAUAUCCUGAUUCCAAUGCGAAAUAGAUCUACUUUAAAUAUAAUGAAUCAAAUUUAAUUGCAAGGUAGUAUUCUUGAAUACAGAAUCAUUAGAACAGUAGUUUUCAACUAGGCAGCAAAUUUCCAUUAAAAUUGAAGACAUGAAUAUUGUUUGAAUAUAAUAAAGAAGAUAUUGGGUUCGCCACUAUUAUUAAACUUGCUAUACUUUAAUUAAGGAUUAUUUUGUUUUGCCAUUAGUGUCUUUUCUUUUAUAUAUGUUUAUAGUUAAUACAAUUUUAUUAUGAAUGUUUAAUUGGGUUUCAUUCUAUCAAAGGGUUAUUUCAAGCUAUAAAUAAAUAUAGUGAAGUAUUUUUACUCAUUCACAAUGAAGAGUGCUGCAUCUGUGAGGCAUUUGUUUUUAAAAUCCCAUGGCGUUUGAUAAAGAUCUUCUGCACAUACCACCUAUCUCGUACCCAACAUUGAUAGCAAAUAUUUCAAACACAACAAUGGUUAAUUUUCAACAAGAAGCAGACCCAGUGGCUCAGUCCAUAUACUACUAUCUUCCGUUAGUAGUAUUAGGAUUAGAAUCUAUAUGUGGUCUGCUGUGCAAUGGUGCUGUUUUGCUACUUUUCUGUGUUCGAAAGUCUUUACUACGUACAGCAAGCGACUUCUUCACGAUCAACCUCUCAUUGGUGGAUCUAAUAUUCAGUGGACUGGUUCUGCCUGUUGUUCUGAUCACAGCAUUAACAGGAAAAUCAUGUGAUGAAAAAUCAAACGACCCGAGAGUGAUGGAGAUAGCAAGAAAUUGUAUCAUCAUAUUCGGGACAGUUGCAACAGCAUUAGGAACUCUACUUGUCAGCCUUGACAGAGGAGAUGUGUCUUUAAAACCAUCGAAGAGAUUUUUCACUCAUUCAAAAGCCAUUAUUGCCAUUGGUAUAACAUGGUGUAUAUCAACUCUUGGGCUUGCAGUUACAAUUCUACCUAACUUAUUAACCAUUGAUGAAAGAAGCAUUACUCAGGUGAGGAAAGAAGAAAAGAUCUCUACAUAUAUUAAAGCAAAAUUAGAGAAUGAAACCAGGAUUCAAUAUCUGAAGACACAAACUGAAAAUAAUUGUUUGAAGUGUCACCCAUGUAAUGGCAUGACAAUUAAGUCUUGCACGAUUCAACUGAUAUUCGAAAUUCCAAUAUUUGUUGCCGCUAUUUUAACCAUUAUCAUAAUCUAUGGAAGGAUCUUGUGUUCAGUUCAACGCAGAAGUAAAAAAUAUAUGCAAGGAUCACCAAAGCAGAACAAUACACAAAAAGAUGGGACAAACAUGAGAUUCUGUGGGAGGAACUUGUGCUGUGGAACUCAAAAUAACUCACCGCAACGCACUAUGAACGAAAAGAGUAAGCUGAAAUCAUUUUGCAGAGGAGAUGAAUCCCAGACAAAAUAUGAACGUGAGCAUACUCCUACAAUCCAGAGCAAAAGUAACUCAAAAAUAAAACGCAAAACUUUUUUGGCUGAAAGAAAGAAAAAGAAGAAGCAAGAUUCUCUUGAGGAUUCAUUAUUUGUUACACCCUGUAGCAAACAAGAGGAAUACACUCCCAAACAAGACAAAUACCCCAACAAACAAGAUGAAAACCCCAAAUCUUCAAAUACCCCCAAAGUCAACAAACACGAUAAAUCAAAAGCGAAAACUGAUUUUGCAUCAGUGGCAAUGUCAGUAACAGUUGUACUUGCUAUCAAAAGAAUGGCUGCUAGGAAGAUCAAAGAACGAAAGAAAAAAAUAAGACAUCUGCGAAAGAUGACAUUUUUUAUAGUUUUCACAUUUUUAUUUUGUUGGACACCAUACUACAUGAGUAAACUAUCUAUCGCAAUGUCAAUAUACAUAGGAGAUUCUUAUUCCGUUGAUAUAGAUGACCUCUUCAAUGCAACAACAAACUUAAAUUCAUACAAUCCCCCGUUUUUCACAACACAAUGCUAUCCCGUUUGGAUGUUUAACUGGAUGCUUGCAAUUGCAGCUUUGUCUUGCAUUCUCAACCCAGCUUUGUAUAUAUUCUCGCGAGAAAAAAUAAGACUGGAGUUUCUGAAGACAUUUUUUCCAUCAUGUUUAAGCGAUGCAGGAGGGGGUAACCAAAACCGAUUUACUUCUUGUUUCAUAUGUUGGGACAGUGAAGAUAAUUUUAAAGGAAAACAUGAAACUACGAAGCGAUCAGUCAUUACGACAGAGAGAGAGAGAAGCAUAAAAAGACGGGACCAAGGUCAUUUGGGACAUAUUCUAGAGAGAACAUUAUUUUUGGCAAAGCGAUCUACGUUAAUGAAACUUUUGGGUUGGCAGAAGAGUGAAAGUGCAAAAAAACUAAAUGUAGAGCUGCAGAAGAUGGCAACAAAUGGCUGUGAUAACAUCAACGAUGCAACCAAUAGUACACAUAACGACGAGAUACAGCGCAAGGGUUAUCGGGUGAAAGCACCAUUGAUACGAUGGGAAGCCGUCACCUGUGAGACACCACAUGUUUCCCAAGAUGGACUUGAUGACUGUAUUGACGAAGCAGUUCCAAAUAAUGAAUUGCUUUUACCUCCUUCGCAUAGUCGAACAAGGUCGCUUUCCGCGAGAUCUAUGGAUGUUUUAAGUUGCAGCACAACCAUUGCAUCACUCGCAGCAGAGUUAUAAUUAGCACAUCACAUACAGCGGAUUUUGUAAAAUAGAAUGGCACAAAAACUUGCAAUAUUCUGUAGUGUAACAAAAUUAUGAAUAUGCAGUCAACAGUUAUCGCAAAACACUGCGAGAUCUUUCUUAAAAACAACAAAUUUCUUAUGCAUGAAUAAUUGAGUGAUAUUUAUUAUUUCGUGUGAAAUAACAUCUCGUCAACAUAAGGGACUGAAUCCUUGUGGUAAUAGAAACCAGGGAAUAAUAACACAGUGACUAUUAAUCAUAAAUGUUUAAUUCAUUAGGAGUUUGAUUUAAUUUUAUUAGUUUAUGCAAUGUUCAAGUCAUAAUGUUCAAGUUCUAAAUUUUAUUUUUAUCGCGCCUUUUCCCAAGAAUCGCUUCAAAAACUGCUGCAUUAUAUUGAUGAAAACAACAAAAAGUACAAGAUAUUUCAGUUAUUUAUUGCUUGUACAAUAUUUUAUGUGUCAGUUUAAUAUAUCUUUAAUUAACACUGUUGAAAUUCAAGUAAUUUAAAAAUAUUUAUUGAAAAUUUAGAAAUCUAUAUGUGACCAAUUUUAAAUGUCUUGAAAUUAUCAUUCUUGUAAUUACCAGACAAUUUUGAAUAGACAUAGACUCACAAAAAUAUAUCCAUUUGAUGAAUUUAUAUUAUUGCAAGGAAUUUAGUUUUUCAUAUCUUGAAAAGCAAUUCAUGCAAAGUAUGUUUUAGUAUUUUAGAGGAGCUGAGCUGACUCUGACUUAAGAAUCAUCCUACUGUUCUUUUUUUAUUAUUGUUCAUGAUUUUUAUGUUAUUUUUCGUUCUGAUUCUUUGCCCUUUCGCACAACCUCAAUUCUUAUUUGAAGUCAACAACACUUGAGUCAACUUUUACAAUAAAUGUCAACAUUGAAAAA